UGCGGAGGGGCUGAGAGGGAGGAUCCGGGUGGUUGUUGCCCCCACCCCCUCGGUUCGCCUCAGCCCAGGGUGGGUAUGUGACGCUGGGGAGCGUACACUGACUGAUUGAACAGAUCGAGCCAGUCGGCGGAGAGCAGCUAACGGACAAACGGCCGCCUGGAGGUAGCGGGAUCCGGCGGCACGCUCGGCCCAGACAGUGAGAGAAGAGGCCGGCUGGCGGGCUGGACUGGGCCUGGACACGGAGCCCGGACGCACCGCAUCCUACCUCCCCGUCUUUCAGCAGAGGCAGAUGACCAGCUCCGGGAACCUGUGUAAGCAAUGGUCGGCGAUUGGAGGCAGCUGAACGCUCUCUGAAUGAUAGCCAUGUUAACGAGGAAAACAGCGGCCCCCGGACACUUGGCCACGGCCCAAUUUGGGGAUGUCUUAUAUGACUCAUACAUGCGUGUAGAUCAAGCUGAGAGCCAAGCCUUGUGUGUGGAGAAGGAAAGCCCCGUGGGAUUGCCAUCUCUUAAUAGCUUAACGAUUGGCAAGAGCACAAUGAAAGAUCAUCUGCCAGCGCCAUGUCGGACUCAAGUCAAGGUGCAACAUUUAUUUGAAGAUGCUGGAAACAGGCGCAAUAAUACAACUGCGCAGUCUACUGUUGCUCGAACUUGUAAAACAGCACUCCCUUCACUUAAACAAAAGAGCCCUGAUGGUACAGCAUCAUCUAAAUCAGAUGGCAUUUUGCCCAAGUCAAAAGCUGCCAUAUCACCAGCUCAAGCCAUGAAGAUGCACAUGCAUCAGUUGUCUUCCUAUGAGCAUCAGGAAAUCUUUAACUAUCCUGAAGUUUACUUUAUGGGCUUAAAUGCAAAAAAGCGACAAGGUGUUGUAGGUGGCUCAAACAAUUGUGGUUAUGAUGAUGAUCAAGCGGCAUACAUACUUCUGCCUCAUGAUCAUAUAGCAUAUAGAUAUGAGGUACUUAAAGUUAUUGGAAAGGGAAGCUUUGGGCAGGUAGCUAAAGUGUAUGACCACAAAUUGCGGCAGCACCUGGCAUUGAAGGUAGUGCGAAAUGAAAAGCGGUUCCACCGGCAGGCUGUAGAGGAAAUCCGAAUUCUGGAGCACUUGAAAAAGCAAGACAAAAACUUGCAAAUGAAUAUUAUCCACAUGCUGGAAAAUUUCACAUUCCGCAACCACACCUGUAUGACCUUCGAACUGUUGAGCAUGAACCUGUAUGAGCUAAUCAAAAGAAACAAGUUCCAGGGAUUCAGCCUGCAGUUAGUACGGAAGUUUGCCCAUUCCAUCCUACAGUGCCUGGAAGCAUUGCAAAAAAAUCGAAUUAUUCAUUGUGAUUUGAAGCCAGAAAAUAUUUUACUGAAGCAGCAAGGCCGUAGCGGCAUCAAAGUGAUUGAUUUUGGGUCCAGCUGUUACGAACAUCAGCGCAUUUUCACAUACAUCCAGUCACGAUUUUAUCGAGCACCUGAGGUUAUCCUUGGCAUGCGUUAUGGGAUGCCCAUUGACAUGUGGAGCUUUGGUUGUAUCCUUGCUGAACUAUUGAUGGGAUACCCUCUCUUUCCUGGGGAAGAUGAAGGAGAUCAGUUGGCCUGUAUUAUGGAACUUCUGGGGGUUCCACCUCAGAAAAUGUUGGAUCAGUGCAAAAGAGCCAAGAACUUCUUCACCUCCAAGAAUCAACCUCGUUAUUGCAGUAUCACCACACUCCCCGAUCACACUGUUAUUGUGAAUGGUGGUCGCUCCAAAAGAGGUAAGCUGCGAGGACCACCAGGUAGCAGGAGCUGGGUGACGGCAUUGAAGGGUUGCGAUGACUCACUAUUCAUCAGCUUCCUAAAGAGGUGUUUGGAUUGGGAGCCAUCUAAUCGCAUAACACCCACCCAGGCUUUGAGACAUUCAUGGCUAGUUAAACGUUUACCUAAACCACCAACUGUGGAGAAGACUACACCAGUUAAAUCAACACCAGAUACCAAUAGUUCCUUGCCUGGAAUUGUUUCAAAGUUACCCCAAAAUCUUGGCACAGGCACCAAACUGAGGACCAAUUUGGUGCAGAUGGCUGAUUCAAAUGGAAAUAAUAUACCUCUACGUACUGUGCUUCCAAAAUUAGUUAGCUAAGGCUAUUGUGUGCUGCAAAUUAAACCGGAGAACGUGUCAAAUGCAAAAAAAGUUUCUUAUAUAGGUCUUUUUGCUGGUAAAUAUUUAACAGGUAUUUCCAAAUUAUGUAUUUCAAUUUGAAAGAAACUACCGUAAUUUCCAAUUUGCAUUAAAGUGCAUAAAAUUAUUCUUUAUCCAUCUGACCCACUCAAGACUAUUGUAAUUUUUAAUCUGAAUUAAAAUAUGAAUACCCCUAGUUUGAGAAUAAUAUGAAGUAAAUGUACUGUGGUUAAAUCUCACUUAAUAGUUUUAACUACCCUGGGAUGAGUGACUGAAUAUAAAAUACUGUGCUCAAGACUUGUUUAUGUCAAGUCUCAUUUAAGUUCUUUUGGCCACGUUUGAUCUUAGUUAAGAUUUCUUUAAAAAAUCCAUUGUUAUUCUUCUAAUACAGUUAAUUUUAUUAAUAAGGAUCCUAUAAGAUACCAAUAAGUUUCCCAUUCCUCUGCCUCCCAAAUGUACCAGCAAACUGAAUUUUACUUCAAUGAGACUUUGGUGGAAAUUAAGAAGACUUAACGUCCAGCCACUAACAAUCCUGUUCAUUCAGUGAUUGGGCUUAAAACAUCUGGUAAUUAAUUGCCACUGGAUGCCAAAUGGCCAAUUUUUUUUUGUUGUUGUGUUGUCAGUCACAAAAUGGCCUGUGAGGUCAAAAAGCUCAUUUGUGGUUGGGUACUGCAAACCAGUUCUAUUUCAACCUGUUACACACAAUAUCCAGCUACCAUCCUAAUCCAGGAAUGAACUGUCAGCUCCCAAACAUGCUUUGCAUCAGAAAUCUGUUAAUCACCUUUGUGAAAGAAACCCUAAGCCUUUUAUUCUUCUGGAUGACAGUUUGUUCUAUGUUUUGCUUCAGAUAAAUAUAUCUCUCUGAACUCUUCAGAUAGGGGCUUUCAAAAUUUAAAUACCUGGUUGUUGUCCUGUGUUCCUCACUUGGGUCCCGUCUCUCAUUCUGAACUUUAAAUGUCCUUGGUUGUUGAGCACUUUUGGAGAAGAAACAAUUAAUUGGCAAAUUUGAGCAAGAUUUGUGGCAACUGAAUUUCACCUAGCAUUCUCUCUCACGAGGAAGGAAAUUUUAGGAUGGGCCUUUGUAAUACACUGAGUUAUUUUGCAAUUUUUUUAAUAAUCUCUAGGUGCCAUCUUGGAGAAAACUUCAAAAAUUUGGCUUUGUAAAUGUGCUAAUGGGGAUUAAUAUCAGCAGUUGAGUAAGUAGACUAACAAAGUGGGAGAGCAAAUGAAGAACACAUUUGUAGUAAAUGCUUUUCACGAUGCCAGAUAAGCACCAAGGCUUAACCAGAAUUCACUGUUGUUACUAAUUGAUUAGCGAUUUAUAUUCAAAAUGAAAGCAGAGCAGAGUUUGUGGGUUGUGGAAUCUGAAGUGUUGCAGAAAUCUAUAAUACUGCAGUGCCUUGAUUGCAUUACACUGGUGACAAUUCAUUGCCAGUAUAGCAGCCUGAUUGCUGUCGUGUUAAGGGCAAAUAGAGCAACAUUUUCGUAAAGUCUGCACUGUGAAGUAAUGCCAAGAAAUAUUGAGUGUAUUUUUGCUAUUACUUGAAAUAUUGGAAAUCUGCAACAAACAGUGCAAAAAGGAAUGUUUCACAUCAGCACUUUUGUGUUUCUACAUGUCAGUUUCUCGAGGAUAAUUGGAUGAAACCCCUAUACACCCUGACUCUUCACCAAUUGUAGUUUGUAAAAUUCAGACAUAUAAGUGAGGCUUGAAAUUGCCUGUCCACAAUGCACAGGUUAUUUUGGAGUGAAACCAUUCACUUCAGGUAUGAUCCAGAUGUCCUCCCCCUGCAUUGGUAAAUUUUCGUAAAAGCUAUGAUAUGUCCUCCUCCAACUGAUAUUUAAUAACUCAACUAUCAUCCCAUUGAAACAAUUUAACAUGUUGAGACAAACCACAUUUUAAACAAGAUUCACUAAAUCUUGAACAUCCAAAGUGCACGUUUAAGUACUGCUGUUUGUUUACUAGAGUGGUUUACAGGAGCUUUUAACUUUUCCAUUUGAUGGGUGUUUUUAAUCUUUAGAAAUUGUACACUUUUCAGGUUUAGUUGAUUUCGUUUAUGAAAUGUUACAAUAGUAAAAUUUUGAUAACUGGUCAAAUGAAGACCCAAACUAUUUACUGUUAAUAAAUUGAGCAAACACUCUGAAGUCUAUUUCUCCUACUUUACAAAGGUAUCUGGAUAAAGACAAUCCAAUGGUUCAACAUUUUUUUAAAAAUCUAUUGGAGUAAUUGCUGGUGUAAUAAAAUUUCAGUUACUGAAAUGCUGAAUACUCUACUUGCCAAAGAGCAUUUUCAAUGUGAAAUUAAUACGCUCAAAUUGUUAACCCCAUCUUCAAGGAUUGCUUGAAGAAGAAAAAAUUAUCUUGCACUAUAUGCCAUGCAUGCUGCUGCUGCUUGUUACUGCUGUUGGGAAAUCAGAUUGAUGAGCAGAAUUUGGCUUUCCUUAAAUGGAACUGAAAUCUUAAGUAGUCAACAGUAGGUGCCAUGAACCUCCCCCCAAAAGAAAACAUCAACGCCACUUUUCAGCUUUCACUGAGAGGUUGUGACAUUUUGUAGCUUCAAAAUGGAUCACAAUGGAGGGAAGGUUUGGGAUGUACUGGGCUAGUUGGACCUGGAGUCUACAUUUGUUAUUAUGAAUGACUUGGAGAUUGAACCAUUUGGUGAGUUAAUGAAGCAGGUAUUUUCCUGCAUGCUGAUCCUCGUCACUAACUUGUUCUCUGUGCACACAAUUAAAGUGGUACGAAGCAGCCACUGUUUGUAAACCAAAAGCAUAUGGAACAGUGAUUUUAAGCUCAUGUGUAACUAACUAAUGUUUUUCUUGGUAUCACAAAGCCAUCACUGCCAGUUUUACCAAUAAGACAAUACUAGAUAAUUGUUGUUCAGUCCAUUCUUGACUACAAAGUAUAAAUGGAACAUCCAAUUUUUACCUCAACCCUGAAUUGCUACCUUGAACUAGGUACAUUCAAUUCUGGCAACUUAAUUAUGCUCAACAUGUUGACAAUCCAAAUUACACCAUCUCUUGUAUGAGCUCUGUUUCUGUAUUCUAUCAAAUUGCAGCACUCUAAGCAAACCAAAUGAAGCACACUUUUGGGCAAUUAUGAAUAAAAUUCAGCAGGGACAAGAAAUUUUCACUAUUAUAUCUCUCAAUGAGUUUUGGUGAGUCAAUUCGGUGCAUUGGAAGCUGUUGAUUCUCCAAUUAAUCGAACUUGCCUAUGGAUAGCGGCAUAAAUUUUCAGUUGUUGUGGAAUUGGUGUUUUUAUGUAUCCUUUUACAGUAUCUCAAGUUCAGAAAUUCAAAUCUGUAGUGGGCAGAGGUGGGUUUUGAAGAUCACUGAUCAGUAUUCAUGGGGUGAGCAGAAGGAACAGCAGUGCAGCUUGCAUUUUCACAGCAGCCAACAGAAAUCUGUCAUAAUUUUAACUUCAGUCUGAAACUGGUGCCUAAAAUGUAGCCUGUCUGGUCCAAAAAACCAGCCAUGUGACUUUUACUUGUGCUUGUAUUUCGUGUUCACUGGUUUCUCUUGUUUUGAGAAUCUGGAAAGGGCUACUCAUAAUGUUGUAAACUUUUAUUGAUUGAUAAUUCUGAAACAGCAAGGGGGCUGUUAACAACAGUUGUAAAAUGACUGAGCAGAUCAUCUGGCUAUUUAUAGAGUCUGGCAAUGGAGUUCUAUAAUGGGCAAAUGAAAAUUGCCUAUUAAGAUUCAUUAGUGUUCCGAACUUGCACUUGAUAUUGUUCCUGCAAGGCAAUAUGGUGUGGAGCCAACGAAGUGUGGAGCUGGAUGAACACAGCAGGCCAAGCAGCAUCUUAGGAGCACAAAAGCUGACAUUU